CAACAGACUCCGCAACCGGGUAGAUGACUCUUGAGCAGUCCUAGGACUCAGUCGAAAGCCCAAACGAAACAGUUAACCUUUGAAUAUGUGGGGGGAACAAUAGUUGCUCAUACGCAUAGAAGGCUAUACCCUGUUUCAACAAAAUAGAAGAAGAAGAAGAAGACCCGUAGGCAAAAAUAAUCGGACGCUAGGAAAAGUUGGUUCACGUUUCGUACCAAGUACGAACGUGUGCGCUUUGUGCAGUAUUUUCAGGGGGGAAAUUGUAACGUAAAACGAGUAUUAAUAGCAAGAUGACUGUGGUAGAGUUUUUUGGCUGUAGCUUCCUAGCGUUUGGACCGCCGGUGGCCAUGUUUGCGCUCACGAUAGCGCACGAUCCGAUCCGCAUCAUCAUACUGAUCGCUGCCUCAUUCUUCUGGCUGGUAUCGUUGCUGCUUUCCUCCACCGUGUGGCUCGCAUUCCAUCCCAUCACAUCACGCGUUACCUUCGGCUUGAUAUGCUCCGUCUUCAUACAGGAAGGAUUCCGAUACCUCAUGUACAAGGUGCUGCGAAAGACGGAAAGUGGUCUGCAGGAGGUAACGGACAUCGUUCGAAUCGCCGACUAUCGACACAUUCUCUCGUACGCUUCCGGGCUCGGAUUCGGCAUCAUAAGUGGAGCAUUUUCCCUGGUAAACAUUCUCGCUGAUUCGGUCGGUCCGGCUACGGUGGGAUUGAAGGCGGGUUCGGACGUGUUUAUGCUGAUCAGUGCCGCACAGUCGCUGGCCAUGAUUCUGCUGCACACCUUCUGGAGCGUCAUCUUCUUCAAUGCUUGCGAUGUGAAAAACUACUACCACAUCGGUUACGUGGUGACGAGCCAUCUGUUCGUUUCCUGCAUGACGCUGCUGAACGCGAAUGCACUGUUCGGAGUUACGCUAAGCAUCUCGUACCUGGUGCUCUGCAUUACCGGGGUAAUUGCAUUCCAGGUGGCCGGUGGUACGGUACUUUCCUUCCGAAAGUUUCUCACUUGCAAAUGAGAAUUCUUUCCCACCAGCACUGUGGUAUUGUAAUCGGCUGUUCAAUGCAACAUCUUAACAUCGUUUGAACAUCAUCCCCCCUCUCUUAUCGAUACAUCCAUUAAUUAAUUAGUUGUUAUUCUUUCAUACGAAUAUCGAAUAAAAUUAUAAUCACAUCUAAUAUUA